GAAAAGUCCUCACUCUAUGUCGGAGCCCUGCACCCCGAAGUGGACGAGGCAAUGCUGUAUAAAAAAUUCAGCACUGCCGGGCCAGUCCUGUCCAUUCGAGUUUGCCGCGACCGGGUCACGCGCCGCUCUCUGGGCUACGCGUAUGUGAACUUCUUGCUCCAGGCCGAUAGCGAGCGCGCUCUGAACACUAUGAUCUUUGAUAAUAUCAGUGGCAAGCCACUGCGAAUUAUGUGGUCCCAGCGUGACCCAUCACUUCGUAAGAGUGGAGUGGGCAAUAUAUUCAUCAAAAAUCUUGCCAAGUCUAUUGAUAGUAAGUUCCUUUAUGACACAUUUUCUGUCUUUGGAAACAUUAUUUCUUGUAAAGUAGUAAGCAAUGAAAAUGGAUCAAGGGGUUUCGGAUUUGUGCAUUUUGAGAAAUCAGAAGCCUCUAGAAGAGCCAUUGCAAUAAUGAAUGGGAUUCCGCUGAAAGGUAGCCGAGUUUCUGUUGCGCAGUUUAAACCUUGCAAGGAAAGGGAAACAGAACUUCGAGCUAGAGCCAACACGUUUACCGAUGUUUACAUCAAGAAUUUUGGAGAUGAUGUAGAUGAUGAAUGUCUUAAAGAGGUUUUUGGUGAGUUUGGUUCUGUAUUAAGUGUGAGAGUUAUGACUGACGAAAGCGGAAAAUCCAAAGGCUUUGGAUUUGUGAGUUUUGAGAAUUUUGAAGAUGCCCGGAAAGCCGUCAAAGGAAUGAAUGGAAGAGUCCUUAAUGGAAAUCGAGUUUAUGUUGGUAGAGCACAGAACAAACUAGAGAGACAAUCUGAAUUAAAACACAAAUUUGAGCAAAGAAAACAGGGUAAACUCACCAGGUGCAGGGGCGCUAAUCUUUAUGUGAAAAAUCUUGAAGACGGUAUUGAUGAUAAACGACUGAGAAGAGAAUUUUCCCUCUUUGGCACAAUCACAAGUGCCAGGGUCAUGAUGGAGGCAGGCUGCAGCAAGGGCUUUGGCUUCGUUUGCUAUACAACUCCUGAGGAAGCCAAAAAAGCCAUCAUGGCGAUGAAUGGAAAAGUUGUGAUCACCAAACCCCUGUAUGUGGCUACUGCACAAAGUAAGGUGGAGCGCCAGGCUCUCCUCACCAAGAACUAUAUGGAGAGAAGGGCACCUGUGGGAGAUGGAGGUAAUCGUGUACUCAAUUCUCCCAAGGCGGCAGAAACAUCAUCGAGUAACUUCAAGCCAAUUCUUCCUCAGCCUCAACAUAGAAGUGCACAUCUUUGCAGGCCUGUGGUCAGGGCCAGACGUCAUCCAUCUCAGAAUAUAUGUGAUGUUAUCCAUUCAGCAGCAGCAGCACCUAAACCGUCAUCCAGCACUUUUAGACCACCACAAAUGCCAGCAGUCAAGUUACCCUAUCAGGUCACCAGUACAACAACCCAGGCCAUGACUGUUCACCCUCAAACUUCUGCCUCAGGACCGCGUGCAAAUCAAAGAUUCAAAAGAGUUGCAGGUGUUUGCAGGCCUUUAAAAUUUAAAGUAGGAAAACCAGCAUCCAUCCAGAAGCCUGUCCCUGUUUGUAUGCAACGUCAUGGUAUGUUGAAUAUAUCUGUGUUGGUAUCAGCUGCUACUCAGAAGAAAAUCUUGCAUGAAAAGCUGGUUCCUCUGGUUCGAUCUACUCAGCCAACUCUAGCUGGAGAAGUCUCUGGCAUACUGUUGGAGAUGGAUGAUGCUGAAAUUCUUUCUAUGCUCAAAUAUCCUGAGUUUCUCCGUGCCAAGGUUGAUGAAGCCAUUCUUAUUCUGCAAUCCAACCAAGCUCAAGAUACUGCCCUGAAAGCUACCAACAGCUCUCCCAGUAUUCGACGUGUGUAA